AUGGUCACAGACACGACGCUCUCCUACCUCUCCAACGCGCUCGGCAGCAGCGCCUUGGUCCUGAUCAUUGCCUAUCAUAUUCUCGCCGUCUCGACGAAGCGCCAAGUCGACUCGCUCUCGGAUGCAAGCGUGCAGGCCCAAAAGAGCCCGGCCACCGCGCACUAA